GGGAAGUUGCAGCAUUCAAGAGAUUCUCAUACACAAGCAUUUUCCCAAUUCGCGAAAAUACGACAAUAUGUCGGCGGGAAAGAAACAUGCUCGCAGCGAGGGUGAGGAGCAAGGCGCUCGUGUCUCCAAAAAGCAAAAGACAGUCGGUACCGCAGACAGCAGCCCGAUUGAUAGCGAUCCCUCCGUUCUAAAGGCCGAAAAGAAGAAGAAAAAGAAGGAAAAGAAGGACAAGUCAGAAAACAAGGAGGAAAAGAAGAAGAAGGAAAAGAAGGAGAAGAAGGAGAAAAAGAAAACGAGAGAGGAACCGGAACAGAGCACCGGGGAAACUGGGAACGAAACUGGCGAAACGUCGAUUGCGGAUGGCGACACUAAGCCUGAGAAAAGCAAGAAGUCGAAAUCCAAAUCAAGAGAGCAGAAUGGGUUGUCCAAUGGCACUGGUACAGCCGAAUCGACCGACCUUGAACCCGCGCCCGCAGUGAAUGGUAUCCAAGAUGCCCAGCCGAACGCAAGCAAUUACUCGUACAAGCAGACGGCCGCUCUCGAUGCCGUGUCGGAAGUUGAGAUCCAAGAUUUCCUAAAGGCAAAGGAGAUCGCAAUCUCCGACCCGUCGAGCAGCAAUCUGCGUCCGGUGAUGCAGUUCUCACACCUGCCAACCUCGCCGUUGCUAUCCAAAAACCCUUUCGCGACCUUUACCGAGCCGACUCCGAUCCAGGCCGCAUCAUGGCCCUUCGCACUUUCCGGCCGCGACGUGAUUGGCAUCGCAGAGACAGGGUCAGGCAAGACAAUAGCUUUUGCUCUUCCCUGUGUCGAGCUGCUUGCCUCCAGCCCCAAGGCGAAGCACUCAAAAAAAGACAAAACAGCGUAUGCCCGCGCUGUGGUGGUGUCGCCAACCCGCGAGCUCGCCAUGCAAACCCACGCCGCCAUGUCCUCGCUCGCCUCCCUGGUGGGCUUGUCCGCCGUGUGCUUGUACGGCGGCGCCAGCAAAGAUGAUCAGCGCACCUUGCUGCGCAAGAACAGCGGGGCUGACAUUAUUGUUGCGACGCCCGGGCGGCUCAAGGAUUUCCUCUCCGAGGGCUGUGUAUCGCUCUCCGAUGUCAGGUUUGCCGUGCUGGACGAAGCCGACCGCAUGCUUGAUAAGGGGUUUGAGGAGGACAUUAAGCUCAUUCUCGGGAGCUGCCCGCCGCGUGAGAGGAGACAGACCCUGAUGUUCACAGCCACUUGGCCCACCAGCGUGCAAGGUCUGGCGGAGGGCUUCAUGGUCAACCCUGUCAAGGUCACGAUUGGCAACCGAACCCGUGCAGGCGGCGACGGAGACAGCCAGGGCAACGGAACAGUUGAGCUGCAAGCCAAUAGCCGCAUCGAGCAAAAGGUGGAGGUCGUUGAUCCCCGCGGCAAGGAACAGCGUUUGUUGCAGCUGCUCCGUGAGGCGACGAAGGGCAGCGCCAAGAACGACAGGAUACUGGUAUUUUGCUUGUACAAGAAGGAGGCUGUGCGAGUGGAACAGUUCCUUCAGAGAAACGGGGUGCGCGUCGCCAGUAUCCAUGGCGACUUGCGGCAGGACCAGCGGACCCGCAGCCUUGAGGCGUUCAAGGCGGGAACAACAAGCGUGCUAGUUGCGACUGAUGUAGCCGCCCGUGGUCUUGAUAUUCCUGAAGUCAAACUCGUCAUCAAUGUGACGUUCCCCUUGACCAUCGAGGACUACGUCCACCGUAUCGGCCGGACGGGCCGGGCCGGCAAACUGGGCAAGGCCAUUACCCUGUUUACGGAGCAUGACAAGGCGCAUUCUGGAUCGCUCAUCAACGUUUUGAGAGCGGCUAAGCAGCCUGUGCCCGACGAGCUUCUCAAGUUUGGCACGACCGUCAAGAAGAAGGGGCAUGACACAUAUGGCGCUUUCUUUAAGGAUGUGGACAUGAGCAAAAAGGGGACCAAGAUCACGUUCGACUAGAGCCGAGGGGUAUGACAUUGUACGGACUUGUUUUGACCACGGAGUAUACCCGGGACCUAUGGCGACUUGAUUUGGCGCGUCCCCUUGAGUGUCUGGAUGCCCUCGUAUAGGAACUCGCGUUCAGAAACGGCAACAACCAUGAGAAACGGUACCGCGACGGCCGCCGCCUUGAAGAGCUCAACAA